AUGAAACCUUUGCUUGCUACCGUGGUAAUCUUUUUUGUAUCAGUCGUUGGUGCCAGUCGACUUUUUGAUAUAUCAAGCAUUCAAGAACUAUCUCGUCGCAGCGUUUCUAAUCGACCGAGGGAAGAUGAUUAUCGCAGGCCCAUACAAGAAUGUCCAAAUGUCAGGGGACAGGUGUGGAAAUUUUGCCCUUCAGCAGACUCUAAUGGAAUAUGGAAAUGCAUCAGGAUAACAGACUUGUGCGACGGGAAAGAGGACUGUCCAGAUGGCUCAGACGAAAACGCCACAAUGUGCGCUUUUCAUGCCAUGCAAGUGGAGGAAGAGAAUCGAAUGCGGGAAAGUUUACGCCAGUUACAACGAAAAUUGAACCUGUAG